AUGAUUAGCUCAUUUUCCAGCACUUUUCCUUGGGAAACUUGCGACAAUUAUUGGAACAAAAAGAAUAUUUGCGUUGAAACAAAUUUGCCUGGAGGCAAUGUGACAACAACAAAUACUUCGCUAAUUAGCAAUAGAACUGUUGAAUCGUCUGUUGAGCAGUAUUGGGAAUAUCGUGUCCUUCAGCAAACAUCAACAAUUUCUGAUUUUGGAGGUAUUCAAUGGGAAUUGCUUGGAUUGACUUUUCUGUCAUGGGCUGUUGUUUAUUUUGCUUUGUGGAAGGGGAUAACUCAAGCGAGAAAGUUUGUCUAUUUCUGUGCAAUUUUCCCCUAUAUUCUUAUUGCUGUAUUGCUUGUUCGAGGAUUGACUUUGCCUGGUGCUGGAGAAGGCAUUAAAUUUUAUUUGAUGCCAAAUAUUACCAAACUCAAAGAAAUUACAGUUUGGAAAGAUGCUGGCACUCAAGUUUUCUAUAGUUAUGGUGUUGGAUUUGGAACGCUUAUUGCUCUUGGUUCCCAUAAUAGAUUCUACCAUAAUUGUUUUCGGUAUUUUUUAAAUAGUUUCGAUUUUCUUUUAAUUUGUAGCGAUGCAAUCCUUGUCUGUUUCAUUAAUGGAACAACUUCAAUUCUUGCUGGAUUUGCCAUUUUCUCUAUCCUUGGCUAUAUGUCUUUUAUAACUGGAAAAGAAAUUAAGGAGAUUGUGAAGCCUGGUGUUGGUCUUGCCUUCCAAGCAUACCCAGAAGUUGCCAGCAAAUUGCCAUUCAAACAACUUUGGGCAUUUCUUUUCUUCUUGAUGAUUACUAUUCUUGGUUUGGACAGUCAAGUUUGCAUGCUUGAAGGGUUAUUCACAGCAUUGGAAGAUACUUUUCCUUUGCUUUUGCGAAAAUACAAAAAGGGUUUUCUUUUGGUAACCUGCAUCACUUUUUUCAUCAUUGGAAUUCCUAUGGUUACUCAGUCUGGUGCCCAUUGGCUUACUUUGGUAGAUAGUUAUGGUGCUUCUGGUAUGGCUCUCCUUUUUGUUGUUUUCUUUGAAGUUUUUGGCCUUGCUUGGGGAUUUGGUACGCACAGAGUUAGAGAUGCUUUAUUUGAGAUGGUUGGUUUCUAUCCUCCAGGCUGCUUCACUUUUCUCUGGAAAUUUACUGCUCCGCUUAGUGCUUUGGUUCUCUUUGUCUUGUUCCUUUUUAUGUAUGAACCUCUUCGUUAUCCAAGUGGAGAGGAAUAUCCCUUCUGGGCCGAAGCUUUUGGAUGGGGUCUUUCUGCCUGCUCAAUUGUUGUUAUUCCUGGUUAUAUGCUCUACUAUUGUUUUAACUCUAAUGAUUCUAGAGGCCCAUUUACGAGAUUUCGCAAAGGAAUGGAUCCGCCGAGUGAAUUGGAAAUCUGAAUGUGGGAAGAAAUGUCAAAAUUGGGUAAAUAUAAUAGUAAAAAAUUACCUUAUCUAAAAUGUAAUUAUAUAAUUAAUUUUUGUAUAUAU